CAUUUUGCCCGGAAAAUAAUACGUCUGCAAGAGUUGUAGUAUAUGCAAAUGAGAUGACGUCAAAAUUUCGCACCUGCCGUGACAUCUCGCGAUAUCAAGAAAAAACAAAGAUGGCCGCGACCUUACGUACUAGCGAUUUUAGGACAGUCGAGGUGUCUGGUAUCCAGAGUGCCUGCAUUAGUCAGGACCUUGAGAAUCUACCAGAUGCCCUCAAGGAACUGGUAACCAAUGACAACGACCAGUUUUUAGAUGAGAUUGAGAGAUGGGACCCUGAGGCAGCACGUAAAGCAGCAGGGGGCAGGGAUACAGAUGUAGCUGAGCAAAAACCAGCCCUUCCAGGUCCCGCACUAACCUCCACUAGUAAUUCAUCCAUUCAGACUAUGCAAGCCCGACCCCCUGCCAAUUAUGGUGAGAUUACCCAAGAGAUGGUGCAGAACCUGUACAGUGAUGACCUUGAGAAACAGAAGCAGGCCACUCAUAUGUUAAAGAAACUUCUCUCCAAAGGACCCAACCCACCCAUUGAUGAGGUGACAAGCACUGGCCUCAUUCCUAGAUUUGUGGCGUUCUUGGAAACAGAAACACUUCAGUUUGAUGCUGCAUGUGUCCUCACAACCAUUUGCUCAGGGUCCAGCCAACAUAUCGGGAUGGUCAAAAACGCCAAUGCAGUGCCUGUAUUUGUGAGGCUUCUCAGCUCCGAGAGAGAGGAUCUGCAGGAACAGGCUGUAUUGGCGCUGGGCAAAAUUGCUAGGGUCAGUCCCGAAUGCAGAAAUAUUGUUCUCAGUGAGAAAAUUCUGGUACCUCUGCUACAAUUGCUUCGCAAGGGAAAAAGCAGCCUCUCCAUGACCAAGAACGCUGUCUGGUGUCUCUCAAAAUUGUGUAGCGGCAAAAUCUUGUUGCCUGACUUUGAGAAGGUGUCCCCCUCACUGCCUAUCCUGGCCCAGCUCCUGCAACACACAGACAAGGAUGUGCUGUUACACUCCUGCAAGGCCCUCCGCUACCUCUCUCAUGAGCAGAUCCAGGCAGUCAUUGAAUCCGGUGUCUUUUCCAGGCUUGUGGAACUACUGCACAAAGCCAGAUGUCAGAGCGUGGCUUCUGCAGCAUUGCGUGUAUUUGGCAACAUUGUUACUGAUGAUGACUAUCAGACACAGAAAGAUGCAGUGGAAACCAAGAGUACGGAAUAUGAGAAAAUUGAAAAAAGCGUUGAUGAUCCAUAUUGUAAGAGGAUGGGAGCAAACAGUGGCCAAAUAUCUGUUCCACCUAGACACGUACCUGUAAACCUGCAUGGCCUUAAAGGGAAAAUUCUUCACCUCAAAGAUAACAUUAAAAAACAACAACGGGAACUCUUUGACACUGAUGUUCUCAAGUGCAUCUGUGCACUCUUAAACUCAGGUGGAGGAAUAUUGCAUAUCAGGAAAUUUGAUGAACAGAAUCACCCAGUGGAGUUCAAGAACCUUGACACAUGGUGGCAGGGCAUGGAGUCUAAGAUAGAUAAGAUGCUGUUCUGCGACGACAUCUGCAAUUACUAUAAACUUGUGGGAAACCAGGCUGACUGUGAUCUCUGCCUGAUUGUGGAGCCUGCUGAACAUCUCUGCAUCCAGAAAUACAAUUGUUUUCUGCCCAGAGAGACAGGGGUCCAAAAUGUGAAACAAUAUUCCUUGAGGCAACUCCUGGCUGAGCGUGGAGACCCGGGUGUGCUCAAGGACUUACCUCUCAUACCAAAGAAGUAUGUGUUUGAGAAAUCGGACAAGGACCUGAUGAAGGAGACAACACAGAUCCAGUUCAAACUGCUCAAUGAUAAUGACCAGGGCAAGAGAAAGAAAGAAAUUGGAAAGUACGUGUCAGCCUCUGCCAGGCUAAAGGAGAGAAUCAAAGACUACAUAGGAAAGUACAUGUCCGCCUUCGCCAAUCACGAGGGAGGACAUAUCAUUUUUGGUAUUGAGGACAAAACAGGAUCGGUCUUUGGAGUGGAAAUGUUGCUAGAAGACGAGAAACAUAUGGAAGAACUUAUUGCUGGAAAGAUGAAAGACAUGAUUUGGCCGCACCCAGAUCCAGAUUUUGUGCCAGAGAAAGGACUUCACUGGGACAUAGGGUUUUACCCAGUUGAGAAUGUGCCAAGAGAGUUUCAGGGCGUGAGAGUGGUGGUGGUGGUGGUGUCAGUCGUGAAGUUCCCAGGUGGAGUAUUCACCGGCUUUCCUGUCAGCACAUUUGUGAAUGAGGAAGGUCUUGUGAAGGCUCACUCAUUCCCCAAGUGGAAAGAGGAAAUACAGACACUUCCUAGAGUGAAACCAGUUGGAGCAGAUAAAGGUCCGACAAUGGAUUCUCAGCAAACCUAUGGCAGGAAGACUGUACACCCCAUGUCCUUCUCGCACACCCCACCUGAAAGCAACACAAGCCUUGAUCAGAAUGUAAACAAUCGCCACUCUGAAGUGACUAAACAGACUAAAGAAUUCUCAAUGCUUCAAGAAUCACCUGUGGCUCUUAGCUACUCAGUGGAACAACUUGCAGCAGAUGAAGGACACAUGACAGAGAUGGAGAACAUGCAGCCACUUGACACGGACCUUCAGGAAAAGAUUGACAAUACCAGCUCCUUGCUGCAACAGAAGGACUCACACAUUCACAAGCUCUGUGCGCAGGUUGUGUUCCUCAACUCAGAGAUUGCAGACCUAAGGAAGAAGAAUGCGGAACUCCAGACCAAACUGGAGGCCAUGGAAAAUGGGGUACAGAACGGUCAUAAGGAUUCUCAGACUCCAAGUCAUCACGGGGCUGUUCGCAUGUUCUGUGAUAUCUGUGAUGUGUUUGGUUCCCACAAUUCUGAGGACUGCCCGAAACAGAAGAUGAUGGACAGCCCGCCACCCUCCCUAUACUAUGGUGACCGCCAUCAGGCCCUACAGUGAUAUCUGUGAAGAUUCACAGAGGUCAGCAAUUCAAUUGAAGAAUGUGAUGUGAGCAGACUUUUUAAACGCCUGCAGCCUGUUGCUGUUGUUGUUCAGACUAUCCACUCCAACAUUCAGUGUUCAAGAUUCAUAGCAUGUAUCACCUGAUUGGUUUUAAUGGCUUAUGCUGCAGUUUUAAUGAAAAUUUUGCUAUAUCUAUAAUUUUAUAUUUUUGGUAUUGAGCUAGAACCAU